AUGGUGAUAUAUAGUAUUCUAUGUUUUGGUCAAUACAUUGUAAAAAUAUAUCUUACUCUUACUACAUCCAAAGACCGCACUUGCAAGCUAUGGAACUUGGUCACUGGUCAAGAAAUUGGUUCCCUCCGUGGUCAUCCACACAACGUGGUAUCAUUAAAGCACAGUCCCGACUCUGGACUUGUACUUACCGCAUCUGCUUCUUGUGUUCGGGUCUGGGAUACUCGAGAUUCUGCACGGUGUGUGCGGACACUUAUGUCAUCAGGUCAAGUGGUAUCAGGAGAUGCAUGCUCAGGUUUGGGUCUGCGCUCUAUGAGCAGUCAGGGAGAACUGCAGAUUAACCAGAUUGCUCUAAAUUCUGAUGGAACCACUUUGUAUGUAGCAGCCGGGAAUGCAGUGAGAGCUUGGGAGCUGAGCAGGUGCAGUUAUGCAUACUAA